UUGGUCAAGCUACAUUAAGAUUAUUGUUAUAUUUAAAAAAAUUUAUAUCAUUAUUAAUAGUAUUGUAUUAAAUUAAGUACCAUAUUUAUUACAACUAUGUAUAGUGAACAUUUUGAUAAAGUUAUAUGUUUUAUAAAUACUUAUCAGGAAUUGAUAAAUUGUCAUGUGGUUGAUUUUAUUACAAAAAAUUUAUGGGAGACGUGUUUGCCAGAUCCAUUGAAGUUAGAGUUAGAACAAGAUGAAAUAAAUUGUACUUAUUGGACAGAAAAUGAUAGUUAUCCCAUAUUAAAUAACUUUAUAAAAUUGACAAAAUCUCUUUCUCUGCAAUCAUGUUCUGUAGAAGUAUACUCAAAGGAAUUUGCAUAUAUGUUGUCAGAUAUUAGUAACUGGAAAAAAUUGAAAUGUAAGAGUGCAGAUUUCAUGAAUGCUAAGAAAUUACAUGAAGUUGAAUCCCUUGGAAAUAUUAUUGGAAUAAUUGCGGCAUCAGAUAAUAAUUUAGUAAUAGAUGCUGGUGCUGGUAAAGCAUAUUUGUCAACAUUUUUGGCAGAGAAUCAUAAAAUUCCAGUUCUUGCAAUAGAUUCUUCACAGUUGUGUAGCAAUGGCGCAAUUUGUAAACAAAAGCAAUUAAAGAAGAAAAUGACAUGCUGUGAAAAUUUGGUACAAUAUAUAGUAGAAGAAAUAAAUGAAGACACUAACUAUAUUGACAUGAUCAAAGAACGUUUUUAUAAUUGGAAUAUAGAUAGAAAUCUAAUAUUAACUGGUUUACACACUUGUGGUUCUUUAACUCAUUCGGUUAUUAAAACAUUUUUAGUUACUGAAGAUAUUAGAGUUUUGUGCAUUGUGCCUUGUUGUUAUCAUUUGACCAAUGAAACAUUUAACAAGAAUAUCUGUUUUUCCAAAAAUGCUAGAAUGUUAGCCCAACAAUGUGUUGAAAGAAGCACAAAAAAUAAAUCUAUUUCAUCAUCGUUAUUCUAUAGAGCAAUUUUACAAGUGAUUCUUCAUUCUAUGGGUAUCUAUAAUGCUAAAGUAGGUCGUGCAAAGUCUUUCAAUGAUUUCACAAGUUAUGCACGAUGGGCAUUCUCGCGAAUUGGAAUAAAACGGGAAAAAAUACCAUCGGAAGAGAAGUUGAUUAGCAUAUAUCAGUCUCAUAUGCAUUUAAUGAAAAAAUUUCAUAUAUUUCAAAUGUUAAGAAUACAUACGGGCCUUGUAAUAGAAGCAGCUAUUAUGCUUGACAGAAUGUUAUUUUUAGAAAAUAGCAAAGUUUGUUCUAAACUUGCAAUAUUGCGUCUAUUCGACCCUCUGUUAUCACCGAGACAUUAUGGUAUUAUCGCGAUCAGAUAGUAACAAAGAAGGAAAUUAAGGAUAGAGAAACUGAUUUAAUACGAAAUCAAAGUCUUUUACAGCAUUCCAGUUAUGUAUCAUCGAUUUCGGUAUGCUGGAGAUAGUCCAUAACAGAUGAAAAUCCUUCUUCUUGCAC